UCCCCACCUCUUCCCAGCUCCACCACGCCGCGAAUGGCGCCUCCCGCCUCCGCCUCCGCGCCGGUCUCCCUCUUCCUCUCCCGGCCGCACUCCCCUCCGUCGUGUCGCGGCCUCCGCCGCCUCCCCGCGCCGCACACCUACGUACCCCCGCGCCGCCUCGCGCUCGCGCCGGCCCGCCCUGGCGCCGCGCUAGCGCUGCUCUCCAGCCUCAGCGAGGCGCAGGAGGAGGAGGAGGAGGAGGAGGAGGAGUACGAAGAUGAGGAGGAGGGGGAGGAAGAGAUGGUGGAGGUGGGAUACGUGAGCGGCGCGCACGGGGUGCGCGGCGACGUCCUCGUGGCGCCCCGCACCGACUUCCCCCAACUCCGCUUUGCCACGCCGGGGAAGAGAUGGCUGAGGGCCCGUGCCGCUGGGAAGCAGCAGGUGAAGGAGUUUGAGCUUGUUCGAGGAAGAGCUCAUACGGGGAAGAAGGGUUGGAUCGUCACCUUUGAUGGGAUCGAUACCGUGGAUGAGGCCAGGCAAAUAGUUGGUUCAGCUAUACUUGUGAAAUCUGGGGAUAGGCCACAAAUGGAGGAAGAUGAAAUUUAUUCGCUUGAUCUUGUUGGCAUGAGAGUUAUUGUCAAGGACACGGGCAAGCUUGUUGGGACAGUUGCUCAGGUUUUCAACUUUGGAGCGGGAGAUCUUCUACGGGUUAUGGUUGGUGGCAAUGAGUAUACUGUUCCUCAGCCAAAUUCAGAAAACCAGGAUUCCACCCCAACUGUUGAGCACGUGUGGAUUCCAUUUGCUGAGGAUAUUGUACCUGAUAUUAAUAUGGAGAGUAGAGAAAUGUGGAUUACACCUCCGAAGGGGCUACUCGAGCUCAACGCGCGUUCUGAUAAGAGAUCAAAGAAAGAAAGGCGUGCUAUGGAAUGGAAGGAAAAGAAGAGGUUACAACGUCGUGUGAUUGCAGCAAAGAAGAUACUAUCUGAAAUGGACCAGGGUCAUGUUCUGGAAGGUUUGCUAUCUGGUGACAAGGUUCAGAAGGCUUCACUUGCAGAACAGAUUGGAUCCAUUGACUUUCAGUUGUUCAGACAUGCAAUGCAUAGUGUUAGCAGACCAGUUGGCAGCUUGUCAAAAAAUAUGCUUGUGAAUUCCUCUUCAUCGAGAAAAAAAUUGAUGCGAAUACCGUACGAAGCCCUCAUGAAUCAUGAAGAGAUUGUGAACUUGAGUAGUGAACUUAAUGAAGGCAUAGGGAUCCUUCAGAAGUCGAAAGCAGCCACCAUACUUAUUACAAAUGAAUCUUCUACCCUGGAUGUUGAGUUUCAAGGAUUGCUUAAUUCUUUUCACAAGUCAGUGAAGGUUGAAGAAACCCGAGGCUCUCUUCCAUUUGUUAUUGUUUGUCCAGCUGGUCAUGUGGAGUCAGUUCAGAACUGUCUGGUAGAGAAUGACUAUUUUGGUUUAGACACUCAGAAGGUAUGGGUUGUGGAAGAGAUCAAACUUCCAAUUGUCAGUAUGCCCUCUAAGCUAAAUAGCAGGAGGAUUCUGUUGAAAUCUCCAUGGGAGAUAUUACAGGAACCAGCAGGAUCUGGGGUUAUUUUUAGCUUGCUUUCAUCAAAUAAAAUUUGGGACACUCUAAAUGAAAUGGAUAUGGAGUAUGUGCAGAUAUGCAGUCUAUCCAACAAGCCCAUCAUUGGGCAUCCAUUGCUGUUUGGGGCUGUCAACUCCUUUGGCGCGGAUGCUGGUCUCAUGCUUAGCAAGAGCAGCAAGGAAAUUCAAGAUGAUUUUGAUUUGAUUCUUUCCAUGAACCACAUAAACAAGGUGUGCAGAGAUGUUACGAAGCUCAGGUUCUCUGCCCAGCCGGAGCAACGUGCAUACGUCGAGUAUUACGAUGGCCAAUGGGUCAGCGUCCAACCAGAGGCUGCGAACUGUCAUCGCUUGCACUCAGAGGUCUCUAGUGUUUUGAACUACUGCUCUCCUGACAAGCCCAAGUUAUUCCAACAGAAUUGCGAUCGAACUUAGCCCAAUGGAAUGUGGGUCGCCAAUAUUUAUUGCAGUAUAUUUGAUCCAUCAUAAUUUGGAUCGCAGCAAAGGAACCUGGGCAGUGGGCUGAAACAAAGGUACAUGAAAAAAAUACAUACUCCCUCCAUAUUUCAACUA